AUGGACGGUCCGCCGCAACUGCUGCAGCUUCCAGACGAGCUUCUAGGCGUCGUGAUCUGCCAUAUCCCAACGGCAGCCGAUACUGCAGCAUUCGGCCUGACCUGUCGACGCGUUCACAAGAUCGUCUGCACGUCGCCGGUCUGGAAACAACACUGCAUUACAACAUGGCAACACUGGGACCUCCGGCAUAGGCUUUCAGCCAAGCUCGCCCAACCGCCGCUCCAGACCGACUGGCGACAGCUCUUCCUCCAGCGAGUGGACCAGGACCUUGAGGCGGCGUUAGUCUUCAAAGACCUGAUCUCAACACAGCAAAAGAGGUUGCACAGGAUGCAUGAAAUAGCGGAGAAGGGGCACGACGUUCACGAUCUUCUGCUCAACCUGAGGGAUCGUACACCCGAUCAAGCCGAGGACGUCUUGGCCAGGAGGUGGCAUGCAGAUGCAAUACUCAGGAUGAUGCAUCGAUCGAGGGCGAUUGAGGUAUGGAGGCGGUUUCGGAUGGGCGACGACGUCAGCACGGAGGAGGCCUUGUGCGCUUUCGAUAUGUUUGUGCUCGCAAACGAUUUGGGCGACUUCUCGGCUGUCGAGAGACGGUUCGACAGCAUUGCCCAGUCCAUUCGAGACAGAAACACCGACUUCGAUGACAAGACAGUCCGGCAGAAGGCACUCCUGAUCGCAGCGUUCUUGUGGUCAGAGGGCCUCGUCGGGAUGCCUGCCCUGCUGCCUGAUGAAGCCAACUAUCACGCAUUGAGGAACAACUUCAUGACAAUGGCGCUGCUUUCACCUGCUCAUGCCUCACUGCCACUGCAGUCAGUGGCAAUCUACUGCGCUGUUGCCCGGCGGUGCGGUGUCGUGGCGACCCCUUCCAACUUUCCCAGACACGUUCACGCCGUCGUUCAGGCCCCACCUGAUCAGACACUCGACGGGCAACCGAAGACGACAGACACUGGGCCAGAGCUGCUGCACGUCGACACGUGGCAGGAGCCUCAUCAGCUCUACGAGGAUCAACUGCGCCUGCGCCUCUUGCAGACAGGCAUACCUGCACAUGAUCAUGACCGGCAACUCGGGCCUGCCGACGGCAGAGAUACAUUGAUCCGUGCCUCUCGCAACAUCUUGGUUUCUGUCAACAACGCGCGCUUGCACCGCGAAGGGGGUGAUACACCUUCCAAUGAGCGUCCCUUCGCCCCAGAUCCUGCAGCUGCUCAGUACGCAGCCUUCUGGGCAAUGUCUUUGCUCGUCGAUAACAACGAUGCCCUAGCGCCGCAACGCAGGGAGUUCCUCCAGGUCCUUCUGCAGCAAUUCCACAACCAGUUCCCAGAAGACUUUGCCUUGAUCCAAACUUGGGUUCUACCAAUGCUCGAGGGCUCCCCGGGGUAUGGGCAGAUGGAGGACUUCAUCGAUGAGAUCAUAGAGGAUGACUCCGAACAGAAAGAACCGAAGCUCCGAGCAGCAGAAACUUGCGAAAUCCAGUAUCGGAUCGGGCACUAUUUCGAGCACCGCCACUACAGCUACAAGGGCUUCAUAGUCGGCUGGGAUGCACAGUGCGAAGCAGGACCAGCAUGGAUCGAGAGGAUGCAGGUUAAUAAUUUGCGUCGUGGCCGAUGGCAACCCUUCUACAACAUCGUUGCUGACGAUAAAAGUCAACGGUACGUUGCCGAGGAGAACAUACAGAUCCUUAAAGAGCGGCCGGUAGAGGAGCUGCUGCAGGUUGCUGGGCGUUACUUCAAGCGCUGGGAUGACACCGAAAACAAGUUUGUGAGCAACAUUAGGGACCAGUACCCAGAUGACUAA